AUGGCUUCCACCACCAUGGAUUCAGAGUUCGCAUAUUUGGAACAUAUUCAACAAUACCUACUUGACAAUGAUUCUACCAUUCUUCCAAGCCCUAAUGUGCUCUGCUUCGAGCGUCCCACAGCUGCAGCGGCGGCGCGUGAGGUGAACGCGCCUCCGACAUGGAAGCAUUUCAGGGGCGUGAGGCGCAGGCCGUGGGGGAAGUUCGCGGCGGAGAUAAGAGACCCGAAGAAGAACGGCGCUAGGGUUUGGCUUGGUACUUAUGUGACUGAGGAGGAAGCAGCUUUGGCUUAUGACAAAGCUGCCUUCAAAAUGCGUGGCCCAAAAGCCAAGCUGAAUUUUCCUCACCUCAUUGGCUCGGAUGUGCAGCCGGAGCCGCCGGUGGCGGCUGCGGCGGCGGCGGCAUGUAAGCGGAGCUUGCCGGAACCUUCUUCUUCAUCUGAGGAUAGUUUUGAGUCACAAGGGUCAAAGAGAAGGAAGAGCUUAGCUGAUCUACUUAAUAAGUUAGCCAAGAAUAGAAGCCAAGCCAAUGUUGUUAAAAUGAGUUCAGAGGGAAAUGUUGUUGAGCAAUGGUUGAAUGAUGACUUUAAUGAUUGUAGUCUCAUUUGGUGCUCGUAG